UGCUAUGGGUAAGAUGGCUGCCAAAAGUUUUGCAUCCCGCUUCAGAGGCUCCAGGCGUUUUCUGAGUGGCUUCGUGGCAGGAGCUGUAGUGGGCGCCGCGGGAGCCGGGCUCACGGCCCUGCAGUUCCUCCGGAGUCAGGGCGCUGAGGCAGCGUUGGCGGUGAGGGAGCCAGAAGGUUCGUCAGAAAAGGCUCUCUUGGAACAGUUUGGAUUCCCUUUAACUGGAACAGAGACUAGGUGUUACACUAAUCAUGCCUUGUCUUACGAUCAGUCAAAACGAGUGCCUAGAUGGGUUCUUGAACAUAUAUCCAAACGCAAGAUAAUGGGUGAUGCAGACAGAAAACACUGUAAAUUCAAGCCUGAUCCCAACAUCCCUCCAACCUUCAGUUCCUUCAACAAGGACUAUAUUGGAAGUGGGUGGUCACGAGGACACAUGGCUCCUGCAGGAGAUAACAAAUUCUCAUCUAAAGCCAUGGCUGAAACCUUUUACCUUUCUAAUAUUGUACCUCAGAAUUUUGAUAAUAAUGCUGGAUAUUGGAACAGAAUAGAAAUCUACUGUCGAGAGCUGACAGAGAGGUUUGAAGAUAUUUGGGUUGUGUCUGGACCAUUGACCUUACCUCAGACUGGAGGCGAUGGAAAGAAAAUAGUUAGUUACCAGGUGAUUGGUGAGGACAAUGUGGCUGUCCCCUCGCACCUUUUUAAGGUGAUCCUGGCUCGCAGAAGCCCAGUGUCUACUGAGCCGCUGGCGCUAGGGGCCUUUGUGGUUCCCAAUGAAGCCAUUGGCUUCCAACCGCAAUUAAGUGAAUUCCAAGUGAGCCUUCAGGACCUAGAGAAAUUGUCAGGACUGGUGUUUUUUCCUCAUUUGGAUAGAACUAGUGAUAUCAGGAAUAUCUGUUCUGCGGACACCUGUAAGCUCCUGGAUUUCAAGGAGUUCACUCUGUACCUGAGCACGAGAAAGAUUGAGGGAGCCCGCUCGAUACUCCGACUGGAAAAGGUCAUGGAAAACUUGAAGAACGCAGGGAUUGAACCCGAUGGAUAUUUCAUGAGUCGUUAUGAGAAGAAACUGGAAGAACUGAAAGCUAAGGAGCAGUCAGGAAGCCUGGAGAGAAAGCCAGCCUAGUCUUGAUCUCAGAAGUGUGAUGAAGCAGGCAGGUCCUCUUCAGGCUGAUGUAGUUUAGUGGCUUUGCUUUAAGAAAUGAUGGAACCUUGAAUUUAAGACUAAACUCCCCAAAAGAUGAAAGAGCUAAAAUUUUGGGGGGUAGUAUUUUAUUUGACAUGGGAGCUAAUUUUUAAGGACACUGUAACACCUGCAGGGCAAGGGCUGCUUUUGUGGCAGGUUCACGGGAGGACUGUGUACGUACACGAUGACACUGUGUUUGUGUCCCUCUGAAUGUAUUGUACGUGAAGGCAUUUUAUUUUCAUGUCUCCAAAUCGUACAACAUCCAGUGUAUCUGCUUAGUGUUCCUGGAACCCAGUAUUGGACAUUUUCUUUCCCUAGGACCUGAGUUGGUCUUAGAGAUGGCUUUUAGCUAUUCUCCAUGCGUGAUCCUGUCCACAUGCAUUGUCUGUUUGUUUCUUGUUCCUCUAUCAGGGACCUGCCGUUCCUGCCAUAUAGAAGCACUCAGCAACUUCACUUUCGCUCACUUAGUGUGUGCCGUGUACUAAGCUCAGUGCUUUACAUGUGAUAUCUUACAGUGACCCUCUGAGAAAUACCCCUGUCCUCGUUUUACUCAUGAGGAAAUUGAGGCUUAGAAAUUGAGCUUAAGUAUUUUAUUCAAGGUUUACCUGCCCGAAGAAGUAACCCACCAGCAAUGAGGCACGCAGGACUAAGAGAGGAAAGCAUGAGGUACAUUCAAAUCUUCCCCUAUUCAGAGGCUUUGACUCAGACAUACAUACCCACUUGGGUGUCUGUGAUCCUGGGGUCUGCUUGGUAAGAAGGGUCUGGUUUCGUGUCUGUCAGCAAGCCAAAGGGACUUUAAUGUCCCCUGAUUUGAACUCUCCUUAGCUCUUGGGAAGAAACAGUCACAGGCAUUUGAAAGUCGGAGGACAGUGCUUCGUGGGGUUCUCAGAGCCCUGCCUUACUGGCCUCCAGAAAUGCAAUUCUUUUAGUGACCAGAUGGUGCCAAAUUGAUAUGUUCCUUGCUUUCCAGGAGAGCUUUUUAUUCCCAAGAUUAAGGGACCUAAGGAGGUCUGCCCAUUGACUCACCGGCUCAUGAAUUGCUCCCCUUGGUGCCUGCAUGUCUGCCUGGGUAGCAUAGGGCAGGUGGUGUUUGGGCUAAAGACCCAAAGACGUUUGUCUCUGGGGGAGGCGGGCUGUGUUUUUGAGCCCAAUUCCUAGACUUGGGUUUACAUGGAAUCCUUUCAUGGGCCGUCGUAAGUGCAGACAGGGAACUGACUUAAAAUAGGGCGCAGGAACUUGUGUCAUAUCACUGCUAUCUUUUCAAGUAGCAUUACAAUUUGUGUGGAGCUUUUGUGUUUGUGUCUAACAGAAAUGCCAAGGCUUUAAGGUAAAGGUAAGACGAUAAUGAUUAAUCUUGUUCUGUGUUUUUUGGGGUGUAAAAAAGAAAGUCAGGGGGUCAGAACACGGUAGCCUGAUUAAUACCAUUCUGUUUUAUCACAUUGUUCUGCGUAGCUUGUGCCAGUCCUCUGCUCGGGGGUAAAGAGUCAGAAUGUCACUGUGACCAAAAAACUCGGUUACUUUCUCAUUGUUGGAGAGGUCGUGGUGGAGUCGGGGUGUUUCUCCAGGAGCCGGAGUGGGCAGCUCUGUGGGAGAAGUCCCAUCUCUAGAGGCAAGCCUCUGUCUUCCUUCCCGCAGGCCUCUCACUGUGCUCUGUUCUGACCUGAAUUUCCAGCAGCCUGGGAGUUACUUCCCAUGCUGUGUCACUCCUUUCUCUCCACCUAGAUGGUAGAAAAUCUUGAUUUUUAAAUCAAUACAUUAUAGUAGCUUACAUUUUUAGUUCCUAUGGAAAAUGCUACCCGAUCACUGUGAAAAAGAACUGUUAUUUUAAUAUUGCAGUUGUCCAAUCCUUUUUGUAUGUAAAAAUUUUGUUGGUAUACAGCAGUGCUGCUCAAAUGUUGUCUCAACGUUUCAAUU